GGAGGUUAAGUCGCUGAAUUUUGUCGCGUUCUUGAUGCAACGGUGAUUUCUCGUUCUAAAACUUGCAACAAAAUUGUUUAAUUUAGCCGUAAUGGUGAUUUUCAAUCGAUUUGCGCUAUCGGCCCUCUUACGACUUUAAACAUGAUGCACUUAACAGUUUUGUGUUGUUGCCUGAAGUUAAUUUCUAUAUCAGAGCCAAUUGCGUUGUUGUCCAUGUGACUGUGUCAACCUUGUACUUCCAACCCAAAAUUACUGAAUUAGCAUUUUACUAUCGUGCUAAUUCCUAACUAGAACGUAGUUGUUUUAGAAUAAUAUCUCGCGGUAACUUUUCCUCUAAUGCUGCUCCACCAUGCUGUGAUUCUGUGUUAGCUUUGAUAAUGUCAUUGAUAACCGUUGAUAAAAAACUCAACAUUCUAUAUCUUGAUGAUGAUGAAGAAGCUGAUGACUGGAAAUUACCCUUAGCUUUUGUUAAGAAAAGACAUACAGAACCUAUUGAGGGAGCAAAAAUUUUCCCUCAAUCAUGGCGCAUGAAAGAGCGGAUGAAGACUGUAAGUGUGGCACUAGUUCUAUGUUUGAAUGUUGGUGUGGACCCCCCAGACAUUGUCAAAACUCAACCAUGCGCUCGUUUGGAGUGUUGGAUCGAUCCUCUGUCAAUGCGGCCACAAAUUGCAUUAGAAACAAUUGGAACAAAUCUUCAAAAACAAUAUGAGAGAUGGCAGCCUAGGGCACGAUACAGGCAAAGCCUUGAUCCUACAGUUGAAGAGGUUAAAAAGCUUUGCACAUCAUUACGUAGAAGUGCCAAAGAUGAACGUGUGCUUUUUCAUUACAAUGGACAUGGUGUUCCCAAACCAACUGCAAACGGAGAAAUAUGGGUGUUUAAUCGACAAUACACGCAAUACAUUCCUCUCUCUGUGUACGACUUGCAAGCUUGGAUGGGAGCUCCAUCUAUCUAUGUGUAUGACUGCUCAAAUGCUGGUAUAAUUGUUGAUCAUUUCAAACAAUUUGCGGAGCAACAUGAGAAGGAAUAUGAGCAAGCUACUGCACAAAACAAUCGGGUCUCCAUUUCUCCGCCAUCAUUUAAAAAUUGCAUUCAACUAGCCGCUUGUAGUGCAGAUCAGAUUCUGCCAAUGAAUCCGGAUCUCCCUGCUGACAUUUUUACUUCCUGCCUAACCACUCCUAUAAAAAUAGCUCUCAGAUGGUUCGUGCUCCAAAAUACAUCAAAAUUAGUUCCAAAAGUGCUUUUAGAAUCAAUUGACAAGAUUCCAGGACAAAUAAAUGACCGAAGGACCAUGUUAGGGGAGCUUAAUUGGAUUUUUACUGCCAUUACUGACACCAUUGCCUGGAAUAUGCUUCCUAGAGAUCUAUUCCAAACUUUAUUUCGACAAGACCUCCUUGUUGCGAGUUUAUUUCGGAAUUUUUUAUUGGCAGAACGGAUCAUGCGAUCCUAUGACUGUUCUCCUGUCUCCUCGCCUAAGCUUCCACCAACAUAUCAGCAUCCAAUGUGGCUUGCAUGGGACCUUGCGCUGGACCUUUGCAUGGCACAAUUGCCAGCUGUCCUUGAAUCAGAAGAGGCAUUCAAGCAUUCUCCAUUUUUUGAAGAGCAGCUAACAGCGUUUCAAGUAUGGCUUGAGUUAGGCUCAGAAGAAAGGAGCCCCCCUGAACAGUUACCAAUUGUUUUGCAAGUACUUUUGAGUCAGGUUCAUCGGCUGAGAGCUCUAGAACUGCUCGGCAGGUUUCUGGACCUAGGCCCAUGGGCUGUCAAUCUAGCCUUAUCCGUAGGAAUUUUCCCAUAUGUCUUGAAACUUCUCCAGAGCUCCGCUAAAGAAUUAAGGCCCCUUCUUGUUUUUAUUUGGGCUAAAAUUCUUGCUGUUGAUGAGUCUUGCAAGGUGGAUUUGGUUCGAGACAAUGGCCAUAAGUAUUUCAUAUCGGUUCUACAAGAUCCAGCCAUUCCUAGUGAGCAUCGGACUCUUGCAGUCUUUGUUCUUGCAACAAUGGUGAACAGCUACGAGCAAGGUCAAGAAGUAGCUAUGCAGGGAAACUUAGUAUCUAUCUGUUUGGAGCAGUUGACUGACAUCAAUCCCUUACUCAGGCAGUGGUUAGCGAUUUGCCUUGGGCGUUUAUGGAAUAACUACGACAAAGCACGCUGGUGUGGAGUGCGUGACUCAGCUCAUGAAAAACUUUAUAUAUUGCUUAAAGAUGAUGUUCCAGAAGUUCGAGUUGCUGCUGUUUUUGCUCUUGGAACUUUCAUCAGUUGCUCCACUGAACACAGUGAACAUGCUACCAAUAUUGAUCAAAGUGUAGCAAUGAUGUUAGCCAACACAGCGUUACAUGACAUGUGCCCUCUUGUUAGAAAAGAACUAGUUGCCGCUUUACAGUCAGUGGUAUUUGCAUUUGAAAAUUCAUUUUUGUCCGUGGCUUUGUAUGAACUCAGAGGAGGGCCUAACUUCAUUCUACCUGGUGACUCUCCUUCCAGCACACUUAAACGUUACUUAUCGAAAGACCGAUUGAAAGCGCUCACGCAGAACAGCACUCUAUUGCCAAGCCCACCAACGAGUGAGAUUAGCCCCCACCAAGGCGACAAACUGAAGCGUGUCUCCUCAUCCUCCUCCAUCAGUAGCAUGGGUCACACAAACCCAAGCAACUCAAGUCUCAUUCUCACAUCACUCCCCUCUUUCUCCUUUGGAAGCGUGUACAUGAAACUAUGGCAAGUUCUAGCGGCUUUAGACUCAGAUCCUCAUCCAAGAGUAGCUAAAAUGUCUCGAAUCGUAACUGACUACAUCAGAGACCAGGUCUGCACUUGGCCAAGCUCACGUCACGGUGAUGCCUUUUGGCGCGGAUCUAUGCCUGGACAACUCAAUGCAAGAGACUCGUUGAUGCCUAAGGAAAUUGGGGAAACCAAAGUUGCUGGCUCUGUUUCAUUACCACCAUCGCCCUCUAACAGAUCGUACUUAUCAAAUGACUCACCUCCAUCAGGAAAUCUUGUCAAUUCUGUGACUGAGCUACAUCGUAUCAGUCCACGCUCUGCGCAUAGUGUUUCAUUCCGACCUAGAAAAUCCAACACAUGGAAUGUUGACACUAUCAGUGAGGAUACUGCUGUUGAUGAUCGGUCAUCAGAAACUGGGAAGAAGAAAUUGAUAACCACUAAGUUUGUUGAUUGGUGCUGCAAACAUUUUUCUCAACCUAUCAUGAAAACUGUUGAUGAGAUUGAUGUGGAAAGCUCCUCAUAUUUUGAACGUGAAUGGAGGUAUCAGCGCAACGAAAAUCUUCGUGAAGAAGCGAAGGAAGAGCAAGAUAGAGCAACACAAUGUCGCCUCGAGCAUCAAAUUUUUGCUGCUCGAACAACGUGCAAACCAUCUGCCAUACUGUUUCACCCCUAUGAUAGCUAUUUGGUCGUAGCGUCUAAAGAUGGUUUUACGAUGUGGGACUACAGUCCAAACCAGAAUUGCAAAGUAACACAGUGGCGAGCAGAGAAGAGCAUCUUGAGUCGGAACCUACCAGAUAUUACAUCUCUGGAUCUUGUCAACUCACAUGAUAAUCCAUUGCUAUUAGUUGGAUCAAGUGAUGGGGCAGUUAGAUUAUGGAACCACUAUGCAGCUCUACAAGGAACUGGUCAAAGAGAGCCAAAGCUUCUCUCAGCAUGGCAAGCGAUGCCUGACCUACAACCCCACAAGUUAUCAAAUUCAUCAGCUUCCAAUAAUACUGGUUCUGGUCUUGUAACUUGUUGGGAUCAAUUGACGCAAAGCUUGUUGGUUGGUGGUGACAGCCGCUACAUUCGAAUCUGGGACGCAGACAAGGAGUUGAAGACUGUUGAUAUCCCAACGGGUGCUGACUCAAGCUUGACCAGUCUUUCACUAGGAAGCAAAGGAAGCAAUAUUGUGAUCGCUGGUUGCGGAGAUGGUUCGGUUAGAUUGUUUGAUCGUAGACUUGCCCCUCAAGAUGCACGUGUCAGAACAUAUCGAGAACAUACAGGAUGGGUGCUCACUGCACAGCUGAGGAAAGAUGGAAAAGGAGGACUCAUUAGUGGAUGCGUUGCUGGUGACGUUCGUUUGUAUGACAUCAGACUCAAUUCAUCAGUUAAAACAAUCAACACAUCACACGGCAUGACUGCAAUGUCUGUGCAUCAGGGUGCAAAAUUAUUUGCGUGUGCCAGUGUCAGUCAGUUUCUCUCAACGUACAACAUGGAGGGGUCGCUUGUAUACUCUUUCAAGACUGGGGCUCACGACUGGUUCAUGGGUCAUGUUGUUAUGACACCAUUUUUCUCUCCAGCCAGUUGUGUUGCAUUUCAUCCACACCGCGUCCUUCUGGCCUCAGGAUCUGUCGACACAAACGUAGCAAUUUAUAGUACUGACCCAAAAAGAUGACACUCGUACACUUCUUUGUUGACUAACUAGCUGUUUUUGUUAUCUGCAUCAAACUAACGAUAGUUAUUUGAUGUUUGAAGUUGAUAUUCAAGGCAUUAUGUGUACCUGAGUCUUCGAAGAUCGAAGAAAUCAAAUUCCUACUUAUUGAAUUUUCCUUCAAGGAACCUUGAUCAUUGGCAUGUAAAGAUGUGUUCUAUGUUUCUCUACAAAUCAGGGUAUCUUUUAGUCUAACUGAAAUAUUUUGCUGACUGUUAGCGUUAAUGAACAGUUAAUAAUAUUUUACCAUUCUCAAGAUUGAGGAUUAAUCGUCAAGUUUUAUGAGCCAGCUAUUUCUGCCAUGAUUAAGGGAUUUAAUGAUUUUUCUGGACAAAAAAAGAUAAAGAGCGCGUAAGGAAUUUAAGCAUAGAAAUAUCAUUUUAUCGGUAAACUUCUUAGGAAUACCCCCUUGUAAUAAAAAUGUCCCCGGGUUGACGCAGACGCUCUGAUGCAGACUAAUUUUGUGUAUCACUUUCAAUUAAGAGGCUCAAAAUUAAGAGAGCAUUAAAACACCAUUGUUAGUACUCAGUGAUCACAUCUAUUUUUCCAAAUAGAAUUUGUCUCCUUAAAUUGAAAUUAUUUGAAAAUUUCUCCUUGAUUAGCUCAUAUUCAAAAGUUAAUCAUUGCCAACUAUGGACAUUUGAGCCAAGAUGAGAGAGAUUCCUCAAAAUACGUAUCUGAAACUACCAAAGGCCUACAUUCAAAAUGGAAAUGAUUUAAAUGGCUUUUUUAAGUAGCUGUCCAUUGUUUUUUCCAAUAUUUAGUACUGACCCCUUAAAAAAUACAACAUUGUAAUAACUCCUUAUGUAUUUACGGGAAAUGUAAUUUAAGCAAAAGGAACAUUAAAAAAUUCAGCAACUGUCUGAAUUUUUUUUUAGAAAACUCCAAAAUGUUGUGAUUUAUCCCUCAUGUAAUUACUGUAACUUUAAUUUGAGUACAGAGGAACAUUUGAUAUUACAGCUGCUUACAAGCUUUCUUACCAAAUCCCAGAAAAUCGAGAAUCUUCUGAUUUAAUUAAGCCAAUUGUUUUAACUGUCUAUCAGGAAAAUGAAUUUAUAUUUUAUUGCUUCUUUUACUAAGGAAAGAGGACAAUCUCAAGCUUCCAAAAUUUUCUUUCAGUGGUGACUUCAGUUUCAAAAUUUAAAAAAACGAGAAAGAGAUUCAGCAUUGUGGAGCCACUAUGGUGUAUCACAAGAAGAAUUUCAGCAGGUUUUUCUAGAUGAUCUUAAUUUCCUUAUGAAACAAUAUUGUAAUAAAAUAAACUUUCAAUUCUUAAAAAGAUUUGAUAGAAAAUUCCACAGUCUACUGUAAAAAACCUUUAGAGAUGAGUUCAAGAAAACCAAAAUUAAUAGUUUUCAUGAUACGUCUAUCGCAAUUCUCUUGUGUCUCUCCCGUGUAAGGGUUGAGUUUAAACUUAAGGGGUUGACAGACAUGUGUAGGUGCCAGGAACUGACUGAGAAAAUGACUUUGAAAAAUAUUUGAUGUGCAUCAAACCUACCAAUCUUACUCUAUAAUUAAUAAAAUCAUAAGAGUAACACAAAACAACUGAGGCGCAAAGCGCUUUGAGAGGUUAGACCGCUAAGUGGUUAGGACUUAACGAAAAUUGAAUGAAAAGAAAAAAAUAGAAAAUGGAUUUGUUUAAUAUUUUGUAUACAUCCUUAAAGUAUCAACCGUAUAUCUCGGGAUAAUUUGAAUUUGUACAUUGUGGUGUGCCUUAUUGGAUGGAGCCUCUGAAUGGAAAUUUCAAUCAGCCUCUUCCAUUAAACGUUUUUAGUGUGAAAAAGCUUGACAAUUAGCAUCUAUGCUUUUGUAUUGUAAUUAAUCCUGCAGUUUUUUCUUCUUUUUUUCUCUUUUUUUUCAUAUGAAAAUUCUAGUACUGAAAGUGACAGCCAGAUUCUGCACUCACUCAAUACAGUCAGAAAGUAUCUUACAAGCUUUCGUGGAUUUCGAAUCAUUUUAUCUUAUAAAAAUAGUGCUAAAGAACUUAUCUCCUUGUCUUAUAAAAAUUUUGUAUCUUUGGUUAAUCAAUUGUGUAAAACAUUUUACGGCCAAGCAGGGCCACUCAAACAAGGGGCAAUGUCCCUUUUACUCUGAAGUUAAGGGUGUGGACGAGUCCUUUAAUGUUUGGCUACUGAAAACCAGGCCCAAAAUUAAAUGUCUAAAGCAGUCCUAUAAGACAUCGAUUUGCGACAUAGGUAUUUUAUGGCCUUUGUCUAUUCUUGUUGUACGGCCAUCGUUUCAACAAUUGAGCUGCAAGAACAGCCUCAAGAAACUGAUCUGUAUUCUUUAGAUUCAGAAUAGAUGGAAAUAGUGUGCAACUGGUUCCUCAAUAGCUCCAAUUUGAAAUUUUUAAUUUGUAAAACUCUUGAGGACCCUUCUUUGCCAUUAGAGAUUGCUGCCCAAUCUGAACCUAACUUUGCUUGGCUUGUGAUAGUAACUAUGCAACACUGUCGGCGGAUCAUGCAGAGAGUUAACGUGACCUUUGAUUACAAGAACUUGCAUUACAAGUUUCUGCCAAGCCUCCUACAAGGGCGUAAUAUAUUCAAUGCAAAAUUCCGGAUUUUUUGACUGUCCUCCUUGUAACGCUUUUGUGACGUAGGUCCCUUUCUUUUAAGACUUAAAAUCAAAAUGGCGUGACGCUCUUCUUGAACCCUUCUAGAGCGUAUUUUAUGAACGGUUCCUCGCUAUGAUUGUGUGUAUGGUCUGUACAAAUCCACACGACAUAUUCAUCUAUGUAAGCACAACAUUAUGUUAGCGUGUAACCUUGCGAAAGCUUUUGAUCAAUCAAAUCCUGUGCUCAAAACGGCCUCCUAUUUUUAGAGUUCAUAGUUGUAACCAUUUUGACCAUUGCAGUGAGUUACCAAUUUUUGCCAUAAUUUUGUAGUUAGAUUUAUUUUUUAUCUCUGUGAUUCACUAUUUUUGUGAGAAAUGAAGGGAAAAGAAUUUAGUAGGUAGUUAUCUCUAUGGUCGUAGUGUAGGUUACUUAGUAGUUAGCUUUCAAGGGUACCUAGUAGUAAUAAUUGUAAUAUUUCUGGGGAACAUAUUCCUGCUAACUUCAGCAGUCUCACAUUGCAUCGGGCAAAUCUGCGUGACAUUCGACGUAGACUAACGGAUAUCUUUCAACUGACAGAACCAUCAUACACAAAUUGACUAUGAAACUGCAAAAAUGCGUACUGUGAUUGUGUUGUUUCAAAAUCUUUGUUCCUAUUUUAUUUCUAGAAGGAGAUCGAACGAACCAAACGGUUUGAAAUUUUCACUGAAAAUUUUUCACAUAGAGAAGAAAAAUCAGCGAAGUUUUCAAGUUUUUUCAAGAAUUGACACUGAAAAGUUUUCAAUGUAGGAAAUAAAUGAUGACAGAAAUGUGCAAAGCUGCAAACUGAGGUAUGCAUGUCUGCAGUUUCACUAUAGAUACUUUAUUGUAAUGUAGGUCAGUUCUAUUGUAUCAAAUUUUAUUUUUUUAAAAAUAUUUACAGCAUGACAAAAUUUAAAUACCUUGAAGUAUGAGGGAAAAAAUUUUUGUCAAGAAGCACACAAUGGAAAAUGUUUGACUCUAUCUAUCUAACUUUAGACCAUAAGUUCAUACCAUGAUACCGUAAGAAGAAAUGUGAUUGUGAAAUUUCUAAUCACCGUUUUAGCUGCACACGAAAACUAUCCAAAAUAGGACUGAUCAAAUCAGAACUGCCCAGAUAGUCCGUCUGUUUUGCUUAAUUUAAUUUUAGUUUGAUUUUUCUACGUUUAAAAGUAGAUGUGCAUCAAAUUACUUUGAUUUUGAUCCGUACAGUACUUUUCUUCCCUGGAGGCUUUCAAACAAACCAUUUUCAAAGUGUAAAUUUCCAAUUCCACACACUUAUUCAUUAAUUUAUAUUAUCAGUUAUUGGGAAAAAAUGCAGACAUGUUCCAGUAUAAUUAAGUGUCUGUCAUUUGAAACAUAAUUAUUUAUCCUUUGAUAUGGCUUAUCCAUGACAAACAAAGUAAAAAUAUAUUUCAUUGAAGUUUUAUAAAUUCCAUAAAUUUGUCACCAUUAUUCAAAUGAAGCCACUAGUCUUGCUAGCUUUGGCGCCGAAUGAGUUUGAAAAAUUCAUGGCACGCAUUUCUCACUGGGAUCGAUGUAACCCAACAUUUGGUGCAUAGCUAUGCUGAUGACUGAUUUAUAAACUUUAAGCACACAUCGGUUUCGAUGUUAAUUUAGAACUUUCGAUACAUACCUCGUUGAGGCUGACUUAAGUGCCCUUAGUUCGUACCAGAAUGAAACGCAUGUAUGCUCUGAAUGUCACCUUCAUCAAGCCAAAUAAGAGGAAUCAUUUCUUUGUCGUUUCAGAGUUAAUAUUGGAAGUUCAUAUUUACCUCCUCUUGUAAAAAAAAAAAAUAAUAAUAAUAAUACAAAAAAAAAUUAAUUCUUUAAAUUGAUUGUUGUUCAUUUCCCUCCAUUGUUUUUUGUAAUUUAAAUUAUUGUUUUGUUUAAGAAACAUCAGUUCAAUCCAGAGGCAAAAAGUCUUAAAGUUCAUAAAAAUGGAUUUUAGGACCAUAGUUCCAUUUUUUAUUCUUAAGGGUCUGUUAUUUUAUUAGAGCAAAUGAAUCUAAACCUCUCUCCCUGUAAAAAUUGUAAAAGAAAGAGACUGGAUCAUCUUGUUAAGUGUUAGUUGCUUUUUUAAUUUGUACAUGGUGUUAAUAAAUAUGUUUCCUAUUACAUAAACCUCAAA